CGACCUUACUGUUUGGUCCCCUGGCCAGCCAUGGCCAUUUCCGACCUGCUGCACCCCAAGAAACCCACCGCAGUACCCGUCUCGCAGUUUGUGAACGCGUUCCAGCAAAUAUGGCGCGACUCGAGGAUGGGCGGGGGCCCGCGAGCGCCGGAUCCCCGUGCCCGGUUCCCCUCGCGACUGGGCCUCGCCAUCAGCGGCGGCGCCGACAGCAUGGCCCUAGCCUACCUCUGCCGCGAGUGGGAGAAAUCCACCAGCACCGGCGGUAGCACCGGAAUACAACUAACAGCCUUCAUCAUCGACCACCGCGCGCGCGCCGAGAGCGCCCACGAGGCCGCCACCGUCGCCGCCUGGCUCGCCGCCCUCGGCAUCACGACCCAAAUCCUCCCGCUCGACUGGUCCGCCCUGACCACGACUCCCCACACCCUGCCGGCCUUCGAAACCCACGCCCGCCGCCUCCGCUUCCAGGCCCUGGGCCGCGCCUGCCGCGCCGCGGGCAUCGACGCCCUCCUGACGGGCCACCACCGCGACGACGCCGUCGAGACGACGCUGUGGCGGCUGUGCACGGGCGCGCGCGGCGCCGGGCUCGCGGGGAUCCCGGGCUGCUCGGGGGUCCCCGAGUGUCAUGGGGUGUUUGGGGUGAGUGGGAGUCGGGGGGUGGGGUUUGUGAAAUCUUCCUAUCGCCCCCGUCUCCGGGUUGACCCCGACCACCACCACCACCACCACCAGCAGCAGCAGCAGCAGCCGCAGCAUCCCCAGGCGGCAAUGGCGGCAAUGGCCACAGGGACCCUCCCGAUCAUCCGCCCGCUCCUCGGCUUCCCGAAAUCCGAUCUGCUGGCGACCUGUGCCGUCCACGGGGUGCCGUUCGUCUCCGACCCGACGAAUUUCGAUCCGACGCUGACGCCCCGGAAUGCGAUUCGGAGGUUGUUAGCUGAACAGAGAUUGCCGCGGGCGUUGCGGGGGGAGUCGGUCCUGGGGUUGGUGGGGGCGAGUCAACGGCUCAUUAGACGGGCGGAGGAGGCGGCGGAGAGGGUGUUGGGGGAGUGUCGGGUUGGGGGGUUCGUGCCGGAGACGGGGGUGGUGGGGGUGCGGUUUGCUGCUGCUGCUGCUGCUUCUUCGGGUGAGCGUGAGCGUGAGGGUGAGCGUGGUUCUGUCGAUCAAGGUGGAAUGCGUGGGAACGGUGUGCACCACACCCAGAUCCAGGCCCUCGCUCUCCGCCGCAUCACGGAGCUCGUCGCCCCGUUCCCGGACAAUCACUUCCCGCUGCGCGCGUUCGAGGGGUUUGUGGCGAGGGUGUUUCAGGGGCAGCAGCCGGAGCAGUCCUUCACGCUAGGCGGCGUCCUGUUCCAGCCUUUGUCGUUGGCCCCGAAAAAGAAGGGCGAGGAGAGUAUAUUCCAGAGCCCUGCUGCAGCUCCCACUCACCACCUAAACAGCACCCAGAAAACAUGGCUCCUCUCCCGCCAACCGUACAUGAAGAACCGGCUCCCGGAGUUGGAUAUCCACCUCGACUGCACGGAGGGAUCUGUUACCUCUACUGAACGGAAAGAGCCGGAGCAAGAACAAUGGCACCUCUGGGAUAACAGAUACUGGUUCCGCGUGGGCUGGACCAGCAGCAGCACCACCACCACCACCAGCAAGCAAUCACAACCACUACCAUCAAAUCCCAACCCCAACCCCAAUCCCAAACCACACCAAAGAAUCCACCUCCGCAUCCGCCCCCUCCACAAAUCAGACCUCAACCACCUCCGCCAGUGCCAGUCCAAUGCGAACCCAAACCAACACCAACACCCACACGCGAAGGAACCCCGAACAGGAACGCAAACCCAUAGCCAUCGCGAGCGUGAUAGCGAUAGUGCACCCGCCGCCACCAACCAGAAAAGAGAACUCACAGACCCCAAAGCCCUCACCCGCCUCCUGGCACAGGUCAGCCCCGGCCGCACCCGGUUCACGGUGCCGGUGUUAGUGCUUGUUCGGCGGCGGCAGCAGCAGCAGCAGCAGCAACAGGGCCGGAAAGCAGAGCGGGGGGUGAAGGUAGAAGCAGAAGCAGAAGCAGCAGAGGCAGCAACGGAAGAAGAAGAAAUCCCCCUCGCGCUCCCCACGCUGGAUCUGUGGCUUCCUUCUUCGCUCCCUUUCCGACACGACCCGGAAUGGCUGGGUGGGAAGAGUUUGAGCUGGGCAUGGCGGUAUAAAAUGGUGGAUCGGAACACGCUGAGGCUGAUGGGUUGGGAGGAGUAGUCACCUUACCUACUACUGGACGGCAUAUACUGCACACACUGCAUAUCAUGUGGACACCGCCAAGUCCACUCAACCCAGUAACUUACUAUUUCCUACCAACUACGCCCACGAAGUAUCAUCACGUUAUCUGACGCAUCUCUUCUCGAUCAGAAGCCUACCGACCGUCCUCUGUCAGGAGCUAGAGCUUAAUCGAACUACAUAUACAAUGCACAAGAAAGG